GGUGAUUUUUGUUUGUUUGUUUGUUUUUGUUCCUGAUCCAAAAAGGAACCACUUUGAUUGGUGGCAGCCUCGAGAGUUCCGUUACGACCUCGGGUUGUAGUUUGGUCUGAGCCAGGCGGCGACGUCCGUUGAGGAGUGCAAAGGCAAAGUGAAAAGCGAAAGCCCAGCCCACACCCACCCCGCCCCAAGGAUGGGACGGCACCCUCUGUCCCUAGUGAUGGUGGUGCUAGCGAUUAUGCUGCUACCGUACGGCUACACCUGGAAGGAGUACCGGAUACGGCGCAGCAUCGAUCUGUCCGCCGCGAAUCCACUGAUCUCCGACACGAAGCUGCCAACCGAUCUGGUCCCGUCCGGGUACAGCCUCCAUCUGCACCCGGUGCUGGACCGGUCGAUCUUCUCCGGACGCGUCAACAUUACGCUGCUGUGCGCGAAGGCCACCAAUCAAAUCAACCUGCACGCCCACCACGACCUGACCGUGGACGAGCUCGAGCUGGAGGUGGUGCGGAUCGGUGACGCCGAGGGGGGCGCCAAGGUGCCGAUAAGGCGCGUCGACCGCGUGCCGAAGAAGCCGCUGCUCGUGAUCUACUUCCACGAUUCGCUAACCGCCGGGGCGGCGUACGAGGUGCGACUCCGCUUUGUGGGCAACAUCUGGGAGAACGUGGAGGGCAUCUUCGAGGGCAAGUACAAGCAGCAGCAGCAGCAGCAAUCGACGGGUCCAUCGGAGGCAGCGGGCACGGAAUCGGAAGGUGUGACCGAGCCCGAGGAACAUUCCUUCAUCGGCACGUACUUCCGGCCGCACCACGCACGGCGUGUGUUCCCCUGCUUCGAUGAACCGUCGUACAAGGUGCCGUUCAAUGUGAGCAUUGUGCGACCCCGCACCCAUCACGUCUUGUUCAAUACCGCGCUGGAGCGGACGGUCGAGACUGGCGAUGGCAAGCACGUGAUCGAUGUGUUCAAGCAGACCGCGCCGAUGUCUACCUUUACGUUCGGGUUUCUGGUGUCGGACCUGCAGCAGGUGACGCCGUCCCUGUCGGACGAGAAGGAGGACGAACGGUUGAAGCCGACGAUUCGUGUCUGGGCGCGCCGCGACUUCCAGAAGAAUGUGGCCGACGUGCAGCAGCGGGUAAAGCUGGCGCUGCGCAAGCUGCAGGAGUACUGGGGUGUGCCGUUGCCGCUGGAAAAGCUGGACGUGGUGGCGCUGCCCGGGUUCUCGUACGUCAAACCGGCGGACAACUGGGGCUUGAUCGUGUUCAAGGAAAGUGAGCUGAUGAGGGGAUACUACAACCUGGCCCAGGAGCUCGUCUACCAGUGGCUCGGCUCGUGGAUUACUCCGCACUGGUGGAGCGAUGCGCACGUGAACAAGGCGAUCGCCGGCUUCCUGUCCGCCGACACCGCCAUCAAAAUCGAUGGCGGCGACGAGUUCGAGGGCAAGUACCCGAUGACCAUCCUGUACUCGAUCUACUACGAGUUCAGCAAGCGCUACCCGCACUCGCGCAUUACCGCGAUGAAGCAGGAGACGACUUGCAGCAAAACCGAGCUGGUGCUGCGCAUGCUCAACUACACGCUCGGCGAGGCGACGUUCCGGCGCGGCCUGCAGCGCUUCAUCCAGCACCGCGAGUACAAAACGUUCUACGGCGAGGACGUGUGGGAGGCGCUCACCAAGCAGGCCCACCUCGACCAGCGGCUGUGCGAAUCGGUCACCGUGAACGACGUGGUCAACUCGUGGAUCACCAAGGACCGCAUCCCGAUGGUGCGCGUGGUGCGAUCAUACGCGAACCGUACCGCCACCGUGACGCAGCGACUGUACCUGCGCGAGCGGCCGCACGACGUGCCGGAACAGGACAAGAUGCUCUGGUGGAUACCGCUGGUGGUGGUGCGGCAGGAUCGGCUCAACUUCGGCAACGUCAGCACGAUCCGGUGGAUGAAGCAGGUGCGCGAGGUAACGCUGGACGAGCUGCCCGGACCGGACGAGUUCAUCAUCGUCAACCCGGAGGAGAUUGGCCCGUUCCCGGUGAACUACGACGAGCGGAACUGGAACCUGCUCGCGACCUUCCUGCAGAAGGAGGAAAGCCGCACCAUGAUUCCGGUGUACACACGAGCGAAGCUGCUGCACGAUGCCUGGAACCUGGCGUACGCGGGCGAUCUUAGCUUCGGCACGGCCUUCAACAUGACGCUCUUCAUGAAGUACGAGCGCAACCAUCUGGUGUGGAAUCCCGUCUUCACGCUGAUCGACCAUAUCGGCCGGCACAUCGACAUGUCGGCGGUGCACAAAAAGUUCGAGAUGUACGUCCGCACGCUGCUGACACCACUGUACGAGGAGCUGGUCGGCAACCAGCAGGAGAGCGAGGAGAUGUGGAAGGCGAACCUUCGCUCGCUGGCGAAGAACUUCCUGUGCCGCGCCGGGUACAAGCCGUGCAUCGAGGAGGCGCAGCGCGCGUUCAAGAAGUGGAUGGACAGCCCGGACCCGGACGCGGGCAAUCCCGUGGCGAAUCAGUUCAUCUGCCCGGUGUUCAAGUGGGGCACGCGCGAGGAGUGGGAGUUUGGGCUGCAGCGCGUCAUCAACUUCCCGGAGUCGCGCGUCAAGAGUGAGCGCACGUACCUGCUGAAGACGCUGGCCGGCUGCCCGAGUCAACCGUUCAAGAUCGACCGGCUGCUGAACAUCAUGGUGCUGGAGGACAACGGCAACUUUACCGACAACGAUAUUAGCCUGAUCUUCAAGAUGCUGUCCGGCGGGUCGAGCGGCUACUCGACGCUCUUCAACUUCCUGAAGAACAACUGGGAUGCAAUCAAGCUGCGCUUCAAGGACCGCGAGUCGCUGUGGGACAACAUGAUCAACUCGGCGACCGGCCUGUUCACCACGCAGGAAGGGUACGACAUGGUGUCGCAGCUGUACGUGCAGCACCAGGGCGAGUUCGGCACCGCGGAGCACAUCAUCGAGAAGUCGCUGAAGAACAUCAAGGAGGAGACGAAGUGGAGCGACGAAAACCUGCCGGUCAUCGAGCAGUGGCUCGACCACUUCCUCGCCAGCAACGGCGUGGCGGACCAGAAGUUUCUCGGCUAGCCACGGUAUCCUGUAGGAAUGAAGCGGUGGGAUGUUGGACAGGCCGAGAGCAGAUAGUACCGGGUCUGCGGACAAUAGAUGCACACGCAUCUCACAGGGAAAGGUACCGCGAGAGAGAUAUAUAUAGAGAGAGGAUUGUCAAACGGUA